GCUUGCCCAUCGUUCCGCUCCUAUUGGCUGCCGGGGCGGAAAAGGCGGGGCUCGCCGGAGGACUUCCGGGGGGCGAAGGCGAGUGACGUCACCCAGCGCCUCAACGUCGCAUCCGCACUGACGAGAUUCAUUCACAAAAAAAGGCGUAGGCCCCGCCCCUUUCCCCGCCUUGCAUUGUGUAACCUUGGACUGGGCCCACGCGAAAAGGGAUCUCCGCACAGGCAGUUUCCCAAUCUGCUCCCAGGAAGGAAGGCUGGCCGGUGUUUUGUUCUCUUCCAUUCCUUUUUGGAACGGCGGACUUUAAUAGGAGUCCCAGGAAAGCUAGAGGUAACAGCAGCCAUGCCUCAGAAGAGGAAGAAGAGGAAGGAGCCGGCAUCGGGAGAUUGUGAGAACCAAGUAGAAGGAGAUGGAGGGACAUCCUUUGGGUCAGAAAGCGGUGACAAAAAAACAGAGGGAAAACCGGAGGAGAAGAAGCCGAAGAAGACAGCUGCAGUAGCCAAAGGUCCACCUUUGACCGAAGCAGUGAAAGCGUCCCGCCUCAAAAUGGCCCCUUCCAUCGCGGAGUUCCACUUUAACAAGAAACGGGUCCGGAUGAUUUCGGAAAACUCAGAUCUGAAAGAAGGAGCUCAGGGGAUCCUGUACUGGAUGUCACGGGACCAGAGAGUACAAGACAACUGGGCCUUCCUCUACGCCCAGCGCCUGGCCUUGAAGCAGAACCUCCCGCUGCACGUCGCCUUCUGCCUGGUGCCCAAAUUCCUGGAGGCCACCAUUCGCCAGUUUGGCUUCAUGCUCAAGGGCCUCAAGGAAGUGGCCGAGGAAUGCCAGGAGCUCAGCAUCCCCUUCCACUUGCUCAUCGGCUUUGCCAAAGACACGCUGCCUCCCUUUGUGGCAAAGCACAACAUUGCCGGGGUGGUGACGGACUUUGCCCCCCUCCGCGUCCCCAUGCAGUGGGUGCAAGAAGUGCAGGAAAGGCUGCCUCCGGACGUGCCCUUUGUGCAGGUUGAUGCUCAUAAUGUUGUUCCCUGCUGGGUUGCUUCAGAGAAGCAAGAAUAUGGAGCAAGAACGAUACGGCGGAAGAUUCACGACCGGCUGUGUGAGUUCCUUACCGGAUUCCCACCUGUUAUCCAACACCCACACCAGGCUGCGUCCCAGGCAGAGCCCAUUGAUUGGGACGCCUGCUCUGCCAGCCUGGAGGUGGACCGGUCAGUGCCGGAGGUGGAGUGGGCCAAGCCGGGCAGCGCGGCCGGCCUGUUGGUGCUGGGAGAGUUUGUCCAGGAGCGUCUGAAGUUCUUCAGCAGCGACAGAAACAACCCCAACCGGGCGGCGCUCAGCAACCUCUCGCCCUGGUUCCACUUUGGCCAGGUGUCUGUGCAGAGGGCCAUCCUGGAGGUGCGCAAACACCGCACUCGGUGCAGGGAGUCCGUGGAAGCCUUCAUCGAGGAGGCCUUGAUCCGAAGGGAGCUGGCGGACAACUUCUGCUUCUACAACCCAAACUACGACAAGGUUGAAGGGGCUUACGAGUGGGCCAAGACCACCUUGAAGCUUCAUGCCACAGACAAGCGGCCUCACCUGUAUACGCUGAAACAGCUGGAGGAAGGGAAGACGCACGAUCAGCUCUGGAACGCUGCUCAGCUCCAGAUGGUUCACGAAGGGAAGAUGCAUGGCUUCCUGCGGAUGUAUUGGGCCAAGAAAAUCCUGGAAUGGACCAAUUCUCCCGAAGAGGCCUUGAAAUUCAGCAUCUACCUCAAUGACCGCUACGAACUGGAUGGCCGGGAUCCCAACGGUUAUGUGGGAUGCAUGUGGUCCGUUUGUGGGAUCCACGACCAAGGCUGGGCUGAACGGGCCGUGUUCGGCAAGAUCCGCUACAUGAACUAUGCCGGCUGCACGAAGAAAUUCGACGUCGGCCAGUUUGAACGCAAAUACAACCCUCGCAAGUUCGCCAAGUAGCCGCAAGCGGAAGUACGAAGCUGGAAGCACAGUGUUAGUUAACAAGAGGUUGUUUUAGUUCUGAUAAGACGGGAAGACUUGACCUUCUGUGCCGAUCUAUUUUUCUGCAAGAUCUGAAGUCAUGCAACUUGGGUUGAUUUGUUUCUAGAUCAGGCAUGGGCCAACUUUGGCCCUCCAGGUGUUUUGGACUUCAACUCCCACCAUUCCUAAGAGCCUCAGGCCCCUUCCUUUCCCCCCUCAGCCGCUUAAGUGGCUGAGGGGGGAAAGGAAAGGGUCUGAGGCUCUUAGGAAUGGUGGGAGUUGAAGUCCAAAACACCUGGAGGGCCAAAGUUGGCCCAUGCCUGAUAUGGAUCCAUUUACAACAGAAAAAAAUUCCUGAUUCAGAGGGUAGCCGAAGCAAGUUUGGGGGUGGCUGUUACAUAACUGCAUUGCAUGGCAUUUUCUAUGAAUAUGUUUUGCUUUAUUAAAAAAAAGACAAAAUGCACUCGUAAAGUCUUUUUCAAAUGUGGUGAUUUAAAUAAACGGUGGCACUGGU